CUACUUUGUGCUUUGUGCUGAAUUUUUGUUCUGCUCAGUUUGCCACGAAGAAAUAUAAAUAUUGUGAAUACUACUGAGUAUAGUGAUUCUCAAAGUGAGUCGUAUGAAUAUCGUAUUUCGCAUACAGAAUCAUUAAAACCACGCUUUCAUUUAGACUAUAGUUCGGAGGAGCUAAAAUUUGUGUUUAUUUUAAUGUUUAAUUUAUUUGAAGAAAGUGAAGUGUGCUUUCAGUAAUAUCUGAACUAUAAUUUCCAUUAAAGUAAUCGUUCUUAAAGUUCUAAUUUAAAAAAAAGAUCAAUUCGCGGAAUUAGACAACUAGGUUUUAUUUUGAAAAAAGACAUACCGAUCGGCAACCAGAAAUACGUUGGCUAGAAUUAAAGUACGGUCACUAUAAUUUGAUUCAGUAAACCGGAAACUUAGGUAUCGAAAAAUUCCCGAAUCAGCAAAUUCCUGGUCGCGAAAAUUGGUUUUCUAUUGAUGUUUAUCGGUCAAGAAAAUCUGAUUUUUUGGUUUUGAUACCAUCAAAGAAACAUCAGGCUCUGCCACUCAUUCAUUAGAGGAGAAAACAUAUUUUGAAUAGACAGUUAAUCACAAAAGCAAACAUGGUUCAACAGUUGAAUAUUAAGGAAAUCAAUGGCAUGAACAAACCAAAAUUCAUGAUGACCUUUGGAAAUGUGGUUGAAAAGUGUCCUCAGGCAGCUCUACAUCUCCUAACUCGCCGACCGUACAUGAAUACAUACGAAGUCCUUUCUUCACUUGAAGAGUUUUUUGACGCACUUACGAUUGAAGACAAAAUGAAAAUUCUUCAUCAGCAUCCGGAGCUUGCAUCCCUAAACAAACACGUGACGGAAGACUCUGUGAAUGAACAAACAAAAUCGGGUCUAACGACAUUACCUGAACAUACCCAGUCAAGUUUCACAGAACUUAAUUCACUGUACAGGAAAAAAUUCGGCUUUCCCUUCAUAAUGUGCGUGGCAGGAAGUGACCCACACAAGAUUUUGUCGUCUAUGCAAGAACGUCUUGACAGUGAUGUAGAAUCAGAAAUUAACGCAGGUAUCAGAGAAGUGAAAAAAAUCAGCAAACACAGGCUAUCAAACUUAAUUGUGGACUAAAUGUCGAACUUACAUAUGUACCUGAAAAUCGGGGUUUGAAGCGUUUCGUUUAGCGGUACAUCGUUUUCGUUUGAUACAGAAUGAAAACAUCAAAUUUUUUGAUGGAUCGAGUUUAAAAUCUAACUCUCGAUGUAAGAAGGAUGCAGAAUAAAUGAUGGCAUGGAAAACGUAGGUAGAGAGGUCUCAAUCUUCUUAUCAAGUGCAUAUUGUGUAAAAUUUAUAAGUAUUAGUAAGACCUGUUAUGAGAGGUCUUAUCUUACUGUCAAUAUAAGUGCAUAUCGAUGAGUGAAGGCAAUUGAUUGAUGGACAUGUAUUAUCACAUUAAAAUGUAAACGCGUAUUUUUUAUGUUCAUAAAAAAUGGAGAGCAAAUCAUCAACUCAAGUAUGCAUAGAAAAGUUGUGACUCUUCUGUGACGUUUCUUUUUGUGACCCCUAAAAUAGUGAUACUGAAUCAAUAAAUGUUCAGGAAAAGAUAGAUAAGUUUAAAAAAAUGUUUGUAAUAAACUCCGCAAAUUAUGUUGUCUAUUUUUGUACUCAGUCCAGUCCAUGAUCAUAUCAAAUUCUGAAUCUUCAAAUAACAGUCCUCAUGUCUGA